CUUCACUCUUCCGCUACUCCUACAGUCUCACUCAGUGCUGCUAUGGCUACCAGAAGCUUCUCCUUCCUGUCCUUUCUUUUCAUCCUUUUGAUAACUUUGGUUUCAGGCCAAGAUGGUGGUACCUCUGAUGCGUCGACACAAGAUGGAGGAGGAAGAAGAAGAGAGCUGGUUCCAGCCAUGUUUAUAUUCGGAGACUCCCUCAUCGACAAUGGCAAUAACAAUGACAUUCCUUCCUUGGCCAAGGCCAACUACUACCCUUACGGUAUCGACUUCAACGGUGGUCCAACUGGUCGCUUCUCUAAUGGUUACACCAUGGUUGACGAAAUCGCUGUUCUGUUGGGUCUUCCACUCAUCCCAGCAUAUUCUCAAGCAUCUGGUGUGCAAAUGCUUCAUGGAGUUAACUACGCUUCAGCUGCGGCAGGAAUCCUUGAUGUCACGGGUAGAAAUUUUGUGGGACGCAUACCCUUUGACCAACAGAUACGGAAUUUUGAGAACACCCUUGAUCAGAUAACGAACAAUCUGGGAGCGAAUGAUGUAGCCAAUGCAAUCGGACGGUGCAUAUUCUUUGUUGGGAUGGGCAGUAAUGACUACCUCAAUAACUACCUAAUGCCCAAUUACCCGACCCGGAACCAGUACAACGCCCAGCAGUUCGCCAGUCUAUUAAUUCAACAAUACACUCGGCAACUCACCAGCCUAUACAACCUUGGAGCUCGGAAAUUUGCUAUAUCUGGGGUUGGACUCCUUGGGUGUGUGCCGAGCAUUCUCGCACAAAGUCCCAAUGGCCAGUGCUCGGAAUCGGUGAAUGGGCUGGUUCUUCCCUUCAAUGCCAACGUCAGGUCGCUGGUUGACAACCUGAAUGCCAAUCUCCCCGGUGCUAAAUUCGUAUACCUUGAUGCCUACCGGAUGUUUCAGGAUAUCGUCCAGAUGCCUACACAAUAUGGGUUUAGCGUGAUAGAUCGUGGGUGUUGUGGGAUUGGGCGAAACAGUGGACAGAUCACAUGUCUACCAUUCCAGACACCGUGCUCCAACAGAGAUGAAUAUGUGUUCUGGGAUGCUUUCCACCCAACAGAAGCUGUGAAUAUCAUAAUGGGAAGGGAGUCCUUCAAUGGCAACACCAAUGUUGCCUACCCCAUUAACAUCCAACAGCUUGCAAAUCUUGAUCUUAAGCCAAUUAGUUAAGUAGAUUCUUUAUUCUUAU